AUGUCUCCUGCAUCUGAAGAUGUCUUUGGCAUGCUAGAAUAUCUGGACACAGACCUCAACCCUGCUAUGGGCACUUUCAUCAAUUCAUUUGACUGCUGGAUUGGGGCAUUCAUGACAGACCCCAACAUUUGCCAGCACCUUUUUGAAAUAUGCAUGCCUCUCUGGAUGGUCUGGAAACCUGAUCAUGUACUCCCAGACAUGCAAGUGUUGAAGACUGUCGAGAUUAUGUGCCCUCAUGACAUAGUCACAGAUCCUGAGGUUUUUGAGGCACACUUGACAAGGCCUGGUGAUUGGGCUCAAGCAAUUUGCAGCUCCCUGGCCAGAACCACCACACACCAGCAGUGGUGUGGCCUCAACUCCCACAAGCACAGGUCCCAUGGCUUCCAAUGCUGCAAGUUCCAGCAGUAUCCCCCUGCAGGCUCGAGAGGAGCCAAGCCAUCGGUUGUUCUGAAUCCUGAACUGUGGGAAGACCUCGGCAAUCCAGCUAUUCCCCCUGCUAUGUCUGCAUGGCAUGCUGCCCUGAAGGACAUGAAUAAGGAUGCAAAAAGGGUUAGCCCCAAUGUGCCCAAGGUAGCUUACUUCUUUCCCAGCCUGAGUCUGUUUGUGAGGGACCUCACUACCAUUGAUCAGAUGAUGAAAAGCAAGAUUUUAUGGGAUUUAUAUGAACACAACUUCCAGUUCAAGUUGGUCACUCUUGACUGUGCAAUGAUGCCUAGCUUGUGGUUGAAUUGGGAUUCAGAGCAGUUCGAUCAUGUCCAGCAGAUUUUCCCUGGUGAUUCAGAACUCACCAUGUGUGCUGAGCCUUUCCCUCAGCAAAAUCAAGGCCUUAGCUUGUCCAACUUUCAAUCAAAAUGGGAGUACAUAGAGAAGCUCCAGGUGUUACUUGCUGUAUGGCCAGGAUGCCCCUCAGACUUGGCAGAGCCAAUUAUGCCAUUAGUGUCAUCAUCAUGUGUCUGGGCAAUGGAAAAGAAGUUGGCUGUAUUUUAUUUUUGUGCAAAGAUGUCUCUUCAUCAACCAAAACAGCUUACUAGGCAUGGUCCCUCUGUACAAGUUACUGCCCCGAUGAACCAGAUUCCUGACUUGCUCUAUGCAGAACUGUGGGGCUUUACCUUCCUGUUGAGCACUUGCUCACCUUACCUGGCCAUUGUGCUUUCACACAACACCCCAGUGAUUCCUCUGACCCACACAUCUGACACCACUCUGCCUCAAGCACUGCUUGCCUGUUAG